AUGUUCAGUGACACACCGUCAUUUACUGGGUUACAGGGGUUUGAAACAGGUAAGUUUAUAAAUGGAAACAUUAUUGUAAUACCUCUCAAUGUCCAUACCUUGCAUAAAAUGUAUACUUCGCUAACAAACACAAAGCAAAGUGAAAAUUAACGGACUUUAGACUUUUGUUUCUUUCUUAUUUUCUUUUACAUGUACUCCCAUGUAAACAAAAAAACAAAUGGCGCCGAAAAGUCUGCCUCGGCACACUCUUCUCUUCUCGGCUUCAAAUACAAUCUUCGGCCAGCGGCCAACUCUAAUCAAUUAAAUAUGGCUGCCUUUUAGAAAGGCAGUCAAGUGCAGUUCAAAACACUGCAUUUCAACAGAUUGUGGUGCUUCGUUAUCUAAUAAGACUGGCUGGUCCGUAGGUCCAGAAACUCUUGUCCUCGAGGUGGUGUCGAGCGAGACCUCUGCCGAUGAGACCCCUAAUUCUGUUGCUGAGAAGCCCGACGAGUUAAUAAGCAAACACGAAGCCGUGACCAAAGUUGUCGAAGACACCGCUUCCUGUAAAAAAACUAUCAAGGAGGUAAGCGAAAAGCCCCCAAAGAGGAAAAUAACCCACGACAUGGUGCUGGAAGAGCAGUACAAGGCUUUACUAUUAAAGCAGAGUAAUUUGAAGCUUUAUAAG